AGAGAAUAUGCUUAGCCAUUCACCAAAUUCUCUCUCUUCUUCACGCUGCUUUCAGCAAAGCUGAAGAACUGAGAUAAGCUGACCUGAUCUUGAUCUUGAUCUGAUCGUCUCUCCGGUUGAUUGUCUCCUCAUUCACGAUUCUCUCUAUCUAUUCGUACUGAUUUCAAUACUUUGAUCUCCGAUUGAUUGUUCAGUUUGACGAUAAUUUCAUUGACUUCAUCAUCUAUUUCGAGGCGAUUCUGUUUGAUUACAUGUAAAUUGAGGUAGAUCGUCUGAUUUGGUGGCGGCAAUUAUCUGAAAUGAGUGUAAGCCAUCCGGCGGUGCAUCCUGUGGAAGCGCCGCCACCUACGACAGUUGGUGAAAAUGUGCCUGCUAGAGUUAGAAUGAAGAACAUUCAAGGCAUGCCUGGGACGAUCGGUGGCCUCGCCUUACGAUUCUUCCAAUUAAUCUUUGCCGCCGCUUCUCUCUCCAUCAUGUCAACCACUAGCGACUUCCCUUCUGUCACUGCUUUCCGCUAUCUUGUUGCUGCUACUGGUUUGCAGUGCUUGUGGAGUUUUCUACUAGCAAUGGUUGAUGUUCAUGCCCUUCUGGUUGGAAGGACUUUGCAGAAUUAUAUUAUUAUCACUUUAUUUGCAUUCGGUGACGGGAUUACAUCCACUCUUACAUAUGCUGCUGCCUGUUCUUCUGCGGGUAUCACUGUUCUAAUUGGGAAUGAUCUGGGCAUCUGCAAUCAUAACCAUUGUGCACAGUUUGAAUCUGCUACUGCUUUGUCUUUCCUAAGCUGGUUUGUUGCUCUACCUUCUUUCCUUUUCAACUUUUGGUCACUUGCUUCUCCAAGGUAAACAAUUGGAAACUUAUUAUAAUGAUGCUGUAUGUAAAGUCUUGUGGGGUAUAUAUAAAAUGUUCCUGUCCAUUCAUGUGUGGAUUAGAACCUCCAAAAUAGAGUUGGGAAAUUUGACUGUCAAGCAUUGAACCAAACAUAACUAUGUUUUCACAGUUUUGAUGGAGUGUGUUAUUAAUGAUUACAGUACUGUUGUAGUCUUGAUGAUUCUUGUGUUGAUAAUUUUGUUAGUCAUUGUGUUUUGUU